CGUAUCAUUAGUAGUAGUUAUCGUAUGGACCAAAAGAUAGGAAUGCUUGUUACCUACUCUCUCUCAUCUCUCUAAAAGACAGAGAAACACAAAGUCUUGUCUUAAGGUUUUCUUUAGUUCUGUUCUUGUCUCUUUGGGAAAAUGCAGAAGCACAGAUGCAAGCUCUGUUCCAAGAGUUUCUGUAAUGGCAGAGCGCUUGGAGGUCACAUGAAGUCCCACUUGGUCUCAUCGCACACGCCGACUCGGAAGAAGCUCAGUGACUCGGUCUACUCGUCAUCGUCUUCUUCAGAAGGUAAAACUCUGCCCUACGGGUUGCGAGAGAACCCGAGGAAGAGUUUCCGGAUCUACAGCAGCAAGGAUCCUGAGUCAUCCAUCGUUUACAACAGCGACACCGAGACCGAACCUGAAUCCGUAGACCCGGUUCGGAAGAAACGGAGCAGGACAGCGGUUUCCAAGAGCAAGAAGAAGAGUAAGAAGAUGGUGAGUCAUGUUAGCUCGCCCGAACCGGCGAGUUCUGUCUCGGAUGGUUCUCAGGAACAUGAUCUAGCCAUGUGUUUGAUGAUGCUCUCGAGAGAUUCAAGAGAGAUUGAACUUGUCAAGAAACCAAUUCUCGCAGCUGAAGAAACGAAGCUGGAAAAGAGACAGUUCCCGGAGCUCCGCCGCUGUGUGAUAGAUCUGAAUCUUCCUCCGCCGCAAGAAAACGAUGUUGUCACCGUAGUUUCCGCCAUAUAAAACAGCUGAGGUUUUCAGAGAUUGUUGGAUACAUCAUACAGUUCAAAGAUCGAAACAUUAUAUGUUGAUUUGUGGUUUCUUCAGGAUCAUUAUUGUUCUUUAAACUAGAAAACCAUUUAUUGGUUUGGAAUCUUUCGAUAUCUCUAUCAAACAAUGUAAGACAACAGAGAAAACCAAGUAGCAAGUAUUACUUCCAGAUUUGUUCUUCAGGUCUUUAGGGUCAUGGAUGAUGAUAAUAAUAUAUUGUUGGAUCUUUGUCAUGUCA